AUGUCGUACCUCGUUUUUCUGCAAGCAAAGAAUAUUUGCCUAACCCCCUACUCCAUUUUUCCCAUUUUGAAGUUUAUAAAAUUGUAUAACCCCCUGGUAAGAAUUCUUUUCCACUUUGUCCUUCUAUCCUAUGAGAAAACAUACAACAGGAAAAUAAUCAAGCUGGCCUUUUCCCUCAUGUACGUUUGCGCGUACGUGAGUAUGUAUGUCCUUGUUCGGCCUGACUUAACCAAGUUUCGAACACUUCAUGGCUACAUAAAGAAACACAUACAGAUU